CUGGAUCCCCCAUGCCCAUAGAUAACGCCCCGCCUACACAAAGAACUCCAAGUGGAGGCUUCAAGACCUCCGACGGAACCCUAUACGUUUCCAAACCAUACCGUUCAAAAUCCUCUAGGAAACGACGCGCCGUUGUCACCUUUGUCCCAAGACAAUCCGUAUUCGAUAUCAAUAAUGAAAUCUCAACCACCAACGAAUUCCGAGGUUUCUUCUCGCUCUUUUGGAUAUCAAUAUUCAUAUUCAUGCUUCGGACGUAUAUCUCAACUUUCGAAAUUCAUGGUCAUGCUCUCAAUCUGCGGUUUGCAACGCAAUUUUCAAGAGACGCAAUAACGCUUGCCAUCAGUGACGGAGUCAUAGUUGGAUUAACCGCUCUAUGCGUUCCGUUUGCAAAGGCGAUUUCAGGGGGGUGGAUCCGUUAUAAUUGGACGGGCUUAAUACUGCAGCACAUCUUUCAAACUACCUUGCUGUUUUCAGCGAUCAGUUGGACAUUCAACAGACAAUGGCCAUGGGUCCAGUCGGGUUUCCUCACAUUGCACACUCUCGUUCUCAUCAUGAAGAUCCAUUCCUACAUGAACGUCAAUGGAUACCUUCAACAAGUGUCUACCCAGUCCCAGCACGUCUUGGAUCAGUUACGUGAAGCAGCAGAUUCUUUUGGUGGAGGAUGGACUCGAGCUCUUGCAGACGCCAAAGCACACAAGGAAGCCCUUGACGAGAAUGCUGGUCUAGGCGAAUCCUAUUCCGACGGAGAAACCUCUCAAAAUCACAUAUUAAUGGCUCCUUCGGGUAGUGGGGGAAGUAACUCUUCAAACACCCCGCUAGGCACCCCCCCGAUACCUACCUCCGCCUCAGGAAAGGGCCUUCAGACCUCCUACAUCGACUCGGACACGGCGAACAGCUUGAGAAAACGUCUCGUCGCGAUGUCAGAUGCGAAUGGAGCUGUAGAUGCUGAUGCAAAGGAUAUGGUGAAGUUAUUGAGCCGUGAUAUGACAGCACAAAUAAACGCACCUUCUAAGGAAGAACGCAUUCCGUCUCCGGCAUCUCCUCAUCCUCUGAUAGACCAUCCCGAUGAAAGAAUUGCAGACUUAGCGAAGGAGUAUUCCGAGUUGCAGGGCGAGUUGACAAGUACAGGCCCUUUACCCGUCAUUUGGCCGAAUAACAUCACAUUCAAGAAUUUCGCGGUUUAUAUGCUCAUACCUACAUUGGUUUAUGAGUUGGAGUAUCCAAGGACCGAUAAAAUUCGACCGCUGUAUGUAUUCGAGAAAACGGUUGCAACUUUUGGGACUUUUCUACUUCUGUACAGCGUCACGGAGCAUUUCAUCCUUCCUUACACGCCUACACCCGACCAAUCAUUCUUUCGUUUGUUAUUGGACCUCAGUCUUCCGUUCAUGUUGGCAUAUCUGCUGCUUUUCUAUAUAAUCUUCGAGUGCAUAUGCAACGGAUUUGCCGAACUGUCCUACUUCGCUGAUCGUCAAUUCUACGAAGACUGGUGGAAUUCGACAUCCUGGGACGAGUUUUCUCGUAAAUGGAAUAAACCGGUCCACAGCUUCCUUCUGAGACACGUCUACGCCUCCACGAUGGCGAGUUACAAACUCUCCAAACAUUCAGCCAUGUUCGUGACGUUCCUUCUGAGCGCUUGUGUACACGAGCUGGUGAUGGUUGUGGUCACAAAGAAGUUCAGAUUUUAUUUGUUUGCUAUGCAGCUCAUCCAAGUACCGUUGAUUACAAUAAGCCGGAUUCCGGCCAUCAGGCGAAACAAGCUGAUGGGUAAUUUGGUGUUUUGGUUGGGGUUGUUCACCGGAUUUCCUUUGUUGUGUGUGGCGUACGUGGCGUAUUGAGUUUUGAGUCCCGAGGUAUCUCAAAAUGCGCAUGGCGAGGAUCUACGGUGGUGACUUAAGAUUGAAGUGCUUUAAUUUCUUGAAUUUAACCUCUUUCCGCCAGCGAUACGAGUUCUCUCUGCUUUUAUUUCUACUGUAAUGACCGAUCGGAUGACGAGGUUAGAUCUUCUAUCGUAUCUCCCAUGUGUAGUUAAUGCCCAUCCUUUGAUGAAUUGCUAUUGCUUAGUAUGCCUCUCGUUUUGGAUAACGAGUAUAUUUUUUUAGAACACGACCCGAAGGCUACGAGACUCCAAUCUCAACUCAGGCUUGUUAAAAUUCAUCUCCC